AUGUUUUUUAAAGGUAAAAAAAAAGAUAAAGAAAAGGAAAAAUCACAUGGUAAUAUUGGAAAUGUAAUAUCAGUUGAAAAUAAAACAGGUAGUCAAUCAAAUUUACAUGUUGAACAAAAUUUAUCAAAUGAAGAUUUAAAAAUUCAAUUCUCACAAUUACUCUAUGAAUUGGGUGUACCAGAAGCAAAAAGAGUUGAAAUGGAGUUAUGGUCAAAUGAUAAGAAAUGGAUGUUAUUAGUUCAAAAUAAAGAUAAAAUCAAAGAGAAUGAAGAAAAGAUGAAACAAAAAGGUUCACUCUAUGAAACACCACAAUUUUAUCUUUCAUUAUUACGUGAAAAUGCUUCAAUUCAAAAAACAAUCUCUGAUCUUAAAGUAUCGUUGGCUUCAAAUAAAUUAUCUUGGAUUGAUUCUUUCAUUGGUUUAUCAGGUUUUGAUGAAAUUUUAAAAAUUUUUCAAACUUUUCAAUUAAAACCAGAAAAAAAUUCAAUUGAUUUUUUAAUUUUAUUUGAUUGUGUUAAUAUUAUAAAAUCAAUAUUAAAUAGUCAAAGUGGUGUUAAAUCAGUGAUGACAACAUCACAUACAUUUAAAGUAUUGGUAUUAUGUUUAGAUCAAAGUUAUCCACCAGAAUUAAGAAAUGCAGUAUUACAAUUGACAGCAGCAUUAACAUUGUUACCAACGGUUGGACAUAGUUAUGUAUUGGAGGCAAUUGAAAAUUUCAAAGUUUCAAAUCGUGAGAAAGUACGUUUCCAAACCAUUAUUGAGGGUGCAAAAUCAGUAUCAAACACUCAACUUCAUUAUGAAUAUUUAACAAGUUUUAUGAAUUUAGUAAACUCUAUCGUAAAUUCACCAGCAGAUUUACAAGUUCGUAUUGGUUUACGUUCAGAAUUUACCGCUUUGAAAUUGAUUGAAUUAAUAUCAAACUCAAAGGGUGUCUCUGAAGAUUUAGACACUCAAAUCAAUCUAUUCUUUGAAUGUAUGGAAGAGGAUAACGAUGAAGUUGGUGCACAUUACAAAGAGGUUAACAUUAGAUCACCAAGUGAAGUUAGCACUAAAAUAGAUACCCUAUUACAAAGUCAUCCAGCACUUCAUCAUCAUUUCAUUUCAAUCAUUAAAGGAUUAUAUACUUUAGCUUCAACUCAAUCUGAUUUAGGUGGUUCAAUGUGGAAUAUUUUAGAUGAAUCUGUUGGUUUAAUCUUAAAAGAUCCUUCAAAAGAAUCUCAACUUGAAAAAUUACAAAAUGAAAAUAAUAAUUUAAAAUUACAAUUAUCUGAAAUAAAAUUAAAUAAUAGUAAUAAUAAUAAUAAUAAUAAUAAUAGUAAUAAUAAUAAUAAUGAUAGUAAUGUUUCAACUCCAAAUAUUAAUACUGGUUCACCUUUACUUCCACCACAACAAUAUCAAGAUCUUGAACAAAAAUUACAAUUAACUCAAAAUGAAAAAAAUGAAUCACAAAAUAAAGUUAAACAGUUGGAAUCAGAGAUUAAAGGUUUAAAUUCAACUCUUACAGGUUUACAAUUAAAAGUUACAAAAUUAGAAGCAGAUUUAUUAAGUGUUAGUGUUACAACACCACCUUCAGAUACUAAUGGUACUACAUCACCACCAAUCGAAGCACCAUCAUCACCAUCAUUGGGUGCCCCACCACCACCACCACCACCACCACCUGCUCCACCAGUUUCAGGAGGAGGUCCACCACCACCUCCACCUCCACCACCACCAUCAUCAGGAGGAGGUCCACCACCACCACCUCCACCACCAUCAUCAGGAGGUCCACCACCACCACCUCCACCUCCAGGUGGAAUGAAAAAACCAGGUGCACCAGCUGUACCAAAUUUACCACCAAAAAAAUCAUCAGUACCAUCUGUUAAAAUGGUUGGUCUUCAAUGGAAAAAAGUUAAUAAUAAUGUAAUUGAAAAUUCAAUUUGGAUGAAUGUUAAAGAUUAUAAUUUGAAUGAUCAAUUUAAACAACUUGAAGAAUUAUUCCAAGUUAAAAAACCAACUGCAACUACUCCAACUGCUCCAGUAGGUGGUGCAAGUAAUGUAGCAGUUGGUGGUGGUAGUGGUUCAAAAUCAAUAGUAUCAACACCAACUAUCAGUAUUUUAGAUCCAAAAAGAUCACAAGCAAUUAUGAUUAUGUUAUCAAGAUUUAAGAUUUCAUUUCCAGAUUUAAGUAAAGCAAUAACAAAUUUAGAUGAAAGUAAAUUAAAUUUAGAGGAUGCAAAAUCUUUAUUGAAAUUUGUACCAAGUUCAGAGGAAAUUGAAUUAUUAAAAGAAGAGGAUCCAUCAUGUUUUGGUAAACCAGAACAAUUCCUUUGGGAACUUAGUAAAAUCAAUAGAAUCUCUGAGAAAUUGGAAUGUUUUAUCUUUAAACAAAAACUUUCAACUCAAAUCGAAGAAUUAACACCAGAUAUUAACGCAUUAUUAAAAGGUUCAAUGGAAACCAAAAAUAAUAAAUCAUUCCAUCAAAUUCUAGAGAUUGUAUUAUCAUUGGGUAAUUUCAUUAAUGGUGGUACACCACGUGGUGAUAUUUACGGUUUCAAAUUGGAUUCUCUUAGUGGUCUAUUGGAUUGUCGUUCACCUUCAGAUUCAAAAGUAACCUUAAUGACUUGGUUAAUUCAAUUCUUGGAGAAUAAACAUCCAUCUCUUUUGGAAUUCCAUCAAGAGUUUACUGCAAUCGAUGAGGCAAAGAGAGUAUCAAUUCAAAAUUUACGUUCAGAAGUUGCUUCAUUAAAGAAAGGUUUAACAUUGCUAACUAAUGAAGUUGAAAAGAGUGAAGGUGCUUCAAAGACAAUUUUAAGUGGUUUCGUUGGUAAAUCAACAGAUGCCGUCACUUUAAUUGAAAAACAAUUUAAUACCGCCCUUGAAUCCUUUAAUUCAACCGUACAAUUCUAUGGUGAAGAUGUUAAAACUUCAUCACCUGAAGAAUUCUUCCAACAUGUUUCAAAAUUCAAAAAUGAAUUCAAACGUACAAUUGAAUCAAUUCAAAAGGAAAGAGAAAAUGUUCAAAAAUUAGCCGCUAGAAAGAAAGCUGCUGCUUCUGGUCCAUCUGUGCCAUCUGCUUCUGGUUCUUCAAUUAAUAUCGCUCCAAAAUCUGGUGUUUCUCCAAUUACUCCAACUUCAAAAUCUUCAAUUUCAAUCUCACAAAAACCACCACAAUCAACUCAACCAUCAAUUUCUGUUCAGCAACAACAACAACAACACCAUGGCGACGACGAUGAUGAUAUACCACAAAAUGGUACUUUUAUGGAUCAAUUAAUGAGUAAAAUGAAAGGUGGUGAAGCAAUUCGUGCAUCUAGAAGAGCUUCACAAUAUGUUUUCACUCAAAAUGGCGCUGGUGGUGUUGGUGCAAUCGAUGCAUUAAAUGCUGCAUUGAAAAAUAAAAAAUAA